ACCAGUCACGAUCCCAAGAACCCAACUCAACUGCUCCCUCCUCUUCCUCUCCUCGUGUGAUCAAGCUGAGAUCCUGUGCUGUGCGUUGCGUGCUGUGCCAAUGGCGGUCAUUUGCGAGCUCGUCGGCACCAUCGGGACGGGCCCGGGCUGGUCGUGGUCGGACCUACCGGGCGACCUCCUCGAGUCCGUCCUCGCCCGCCUCCCCGUGCCGGAUCGCUUCCGCUUCCCCGCGGUAUGCACCGCGUGGUGGUCGGCCGCCAGCGCUUUGCACCCCCGUGCCGUGCCCGUGCCGUCCCCGUGGCUCAUGCUGCCCUUCGACCUGACCGCGCGCCGGAGGCGCGGUGGUGGCACGUCCUCGGAGGAGGCGCGGUUCUUGAGCCUCUCCGACGGCAGAACAUACACCGUCCCGCAGCCGGCCCCGGCCAUAUCAGACCGCCUCUGCGUCGGCUCGUCGCCCGACGGGUGGCUCGUCACCGCCGACGCCGCCUCCGAGCUGCACCUCCUCAACCCGCUCACCGGUGCGCAGGUUCCGCUCCCGCCGCCCGACACGCUCUCCUUCGUCCACGCCAGCCGCGACGCGGACGGCCACGUCGUGAGCUACAGCCUCCGAUGCUGCUUCGCCGACGAUGACGGCGACGAGGGUGCGACCGUGAUCGUCCCGCCGGAGUCCUUCGCGCCUGACAGGCUCCGGUACGAGUUCUACGAGAAGGCCAUACUCGUUUCCGCGCCGCGGGAGGGGCAUACCGCCGCGCCGGGGUCGGGCGGCUCUUGGGGCGGGUACGCCGUCAUGCUCAUCUGCCAGCCUCUGUCCCGCAUCGCCAUCGCCCGAGCCGGCGACACGAGGUGGACGCUGCUCGACACGCCCUCUCGCCGCUGGUCGGACGCCGUGCGUGCCUCCUCCACGGCUAGCGCCGGCGGGCGGCAACUGGUGUACGCGAUGGACUCCGCUGGGCGCGUUGAGGCAUGGGACGUGGACGUCACGGCGGACACGACGCCGACCCGGAAGGCCAUCGCGCAGCCGUGCUGCUGCUGCUCGGGGCGCGCGUGCUCCAUGUCGGCGGCGUGCAGUAGAUACCUCGUGGAGCUCUCGCCGGGGCGCCUACUCCAGGUCCACCGGCUCAGGGACGCAGCGCACGCGCGGUGCACGUGGGAGCCCCGACCGGAGCAGGUCGAGUACACGACCGUCGCGGCCGAGUUCUUCGAGCUGGUCGGUGGUCAGUGGGCGCCGGUGGACAGCCGAAACGGCCGCGCCAGCAUCCUGGCCGGGCGCGCGCUGUUCUUGGGGAAGAACGCGUCGUUGUGCGUCCCGGUGGACGACUGCCCCGAGCUGAGGGGCAACUGCGUCUACUUCACCGAUGACGGGCCGUGGUCGCACGAAAGGUGCCGCGAGGUGGCGCCGGACGUCGGGGUGCUUGACCUCGCCGACGGCAGCUACAGGCCGCCGCGAGGCGCGGCGCGGGACCUGCUCUGGAAGUGGCCGCCCCCGGUCUGGGUUUUCCCGUCGUGCGCCGACUGAAUUGAU